GCGGACCGGACAACAAUUAACGCCUCUUUGUUCUUCUCUCUGCAACAACUGAGUUCUUGGCUGCGAGGAGAAGACAGACCAGACCUUGCGAUCUCCAUAAUCGCAGCAGGCGUCUAUUCGUCUUCUUGUUCCUCUUCGUCUGUUCUUCUUCUUCUUUUGUUCUUGUUCUUCUUCGAGUCUUCGACUGGGUUGGCCUGUCCUAGGUACUUUCCCUACUGCAAUCGUCCCAACCCUACACUCACCUGAGAGAGUGUGUGAAAAUGGAUGCAGAUGGAACGCCGGCGCUCAAUGGGUAUCGUAUGCCGGCAGAGUGGGAAUCUCACUCUCAGUGUUGGAUCGGUUGGCCUGAACGCCCAGAUAAUUGGCGAGAUAAUGCAGUACAUGGACAAAGUGUAUUUGCCAAAGUUGCAUCUGCAAUCUCAAAAUUUGAACCAGUUACUGUCUGUGCUAGUGCUGCUCAGUGGACAAAUGCUCGCAGUCAGUUGCCACCAAAUAUCAGGGUUAUUGAGAUGAGCAUGAACGAUUCUUGGUUUCGUGAUACUGGGCCAACUUUUGUGGUAAGAGACAUCAAAUCAAUUUUAGGGGGCCCGGAGCAAAAGGUUGCUGGAAUUGAUUGGAACUUUAAUAGCUAUGGAGGCAUUGAAGAAGGUUGUUACACAGAUUGGAGUUUUGAUCUUCUUCUUGCGAGGAAGAUUUUGGCAGUCGAGAAGGUUCCUAGGUUUCCUCACUCUAUGAUUCUUGAAGGUGGUAGCAUUCAUGUAGAUGGAGAAGGAACUUGCCUAACUACCGAGGAGUGCCUCCUGAAUAAAAACAGGAAUCCUCAUUUGACCAAAGAGCAAAUUGAGGAUGAACUUAAAGCUUAUCUUGGAGUCAAGAAGGUUAUUUGGUUGCCUCAUGGAUUAUUUGGUGAUGACGAUACUAAUGGUCAUAUUGACAAUAUGUGCUGUUUUGUGAAGCCUGGCGUGGUUUUGCUGUCCUGGACUGAUGAUGUAUCAGAUCCUCAAUAUGAGCGAUCCUUACAAGCCAUUUCGGUUCUCUCAAAUGCUACUGACGCUAAAGGUAGAAAACUAGAAAUAAUUAAACUCCAUGUACCUGGGCCGCUGUAUAUGACAGAUAAGGAGGCAGCAGGAUUAAUUCAGGAUGGUGAGGCUAAACCAAGACCGCCGGGCACAAGGCUUGCUGCUUCUUAUUUGAACUUCUACAUUGCAAAUGGAGGUAUCAUAACACCACAAUUUGGGGACCAAAAGUGGGAUGACGAAGCCGUUCGUGUCCUCUCUUCAGCCUUUCCAGAUCAUGAAGUUGUAAGGGUAGAAGGUGCGAGGGAGAUUGCUUUGGGAGGUGGAAAUAUACAUUGCAUCACACAGCAACAACCAGCAGCUUAGUGAGUAUUCUGAAACAUGAUUUACUGUACAAGGCAUUAGCAGAACUUCUCGAAAAACAGAUUGGAUCGGGGGCUUAUUUUAGUUAUUCAAGAUCACCUAAAUGUGGGUGUGCAUGUUUUUGACUGUCCGAGAGUGGUGAAGCCACUCUUUUUAGCCAAAACAGGGCAUCAACUUCCCAUUGCUUGGUGCAUGUGGCAAUGAAUAAGGAUCCUGUACCCUAUUAGAACUGGGAAGGCGAAUUUGGUUUCAUGUCAGAUAAAUGUUAUUUCUUUUCUUCUUUUUUUGUCGAAA